AUGGCCAAGAAUGGCAUAAGAGACAAUAGAACAAGUUCCAAACAGCUCUCUGAAAUGCAUAGCAGUUCACCAUAUUUCUUUCUUUCUACUUUUUUUUUGGCAGGUGUGGAUCACACCCACCCAGACUUAGCCGCAAAUUAUGAUCCAAAAGCUAGUCACGAUUUUAAUGAUAAUGAUGAUGACCCUAGGCCACGGGACACAGAUCCUGAUAACUGCCACGGCACGCGCUGCGCAGGAGAAGUUGCUGCCUUGGCGAACAACUCUAUCUGUGGGGCAGGAGUAGCAUAUCAGGCGCAUGUUGGAGGUGUUCGCAUGUUGGACGGUAAGGCCACAGAUGCGUUAGAGGCCAGCUCCCUGGGAUUUCAACUUCAGUACGUUGACGUCUUCAGUAACUGCUGGGGUCCAAAGGAUGAUGGAAAAACGUUUGGCAAGCCAGGUCCCUUAGCAGCCAAGGCCCUGAAGAGAGGAGCUGAGGCGGGUCGUGGCGGCAAAGGUAACAUCUACGUGUGGGCGACUGGUAAUGGAGGUCUGACAGAUGACGACUGUAACUGUGAUGGUUACACCACCAGUAUCUACACAGUGUCUAUCGGAUGUAUCGGGGACCAUGGUCUGUCUGCUUACUACACUGAGCUCUGCUCUUCUACUUUAGCGGUCACGUUUAACGGAGGUGCUCACAGAGAGCGCGAAGAAAACAAAAUGAUCACUACAGAUCUUCAUCAUCAGUGCACAGAGCAAUUCAAAGGCACUUCAUCUGCCGCUCCUCUGGCAGCAGGGAUGAUAGCUCUUAUGUUAGAGGCUAAUAAUAAACUUACAUGGCGAGAUGUACAACACAUCGUGGUCAGAACAGCCAAACUAACGAGUCCUGUAGACGACGGCUGGCGUACAAACGGAGCUGGAUUUCAUUUUAAUCACAAGUUCGGUUUCGGCCGCCUUGAUGCUGACGCUAUGGUUGAAAUGGCCAAAUCAUGGACUACUGUUCCCGCUCAACGCAUCUGCACUGGUGCUGCUAGCAUAGAAGAGCGAGACAUCCCAUCAGGAGGUGCCCUGGAGCUGUCCAUACCCACCAAAGCGUGCGCGGGGACUAUUGCCGAGAUAAACAAACUCGAACACGUGGUACUCACCAUCAGUUUCAUUCACCGGCGCCGCGGUGACGUCAGCAUUCUUCUGAUGUCACCAUCCGGGACAAAGAAUGAGAUGCUGUCAACGCGCCAUUACGAUGACUCAAAGGAAGGGCUUGACAACUGGGGCUUCAUGACUGUCCACUGCUGGGGUGAGAAUCCUCGCGGUUUCUGGCAGUUGAAGCUCAUAGACAAUCCUCUGAAUGAAAUCGGGGAUCGCGUGUUGAAUGGGUUCGGGACACUGCAUCUAGACACCAGUAAACAGGACACUGAUGUGGAGGACUUAGAAGAACAAGUUAUCGACGAUCAAACCAAACAGCAACAGACCCAUGUACAACAGCUGAAAUUACAGAAUGCCCAUGUUGACUUUCCAUAUCCCCCUGGCGUUAGACGAGAUGAAGUGCGGCACCAGAACAGGUCUGAAAUGAGCGAACAAAGCGUGAUAGACGAUCUUUAUAAUCUCACAGAAAGCGACGUGGCCAGCACCACGGAAUACGUGUACGAUCGCAGCCGAAUCUCGUAUCCCCAAAAUUCUGGAAGCGGAGAUAUUUCCGGUAAUGAUCAGGAUUUCGGAGUUCCCGGGCUUGACCUUAAUCCCGAGGGAUCUUCUAGUGGGGAACAUCCCAUGGGAUCAGGUAAUGAGAGAGUUUACUUAGAAGAAAUCCCCGACGAUGACAUGGAUGCCGAAGAGCGGGACGACAUUUCGAAUCCCGCGGAAUUGAGGGAGGCAUCUUGGGACGGUGUACCCGACGACGAGGAAUAUCUCGACGAAGACAUCUCCAAUGAUAACGAAGACCUUAAAGAUACUUUCGAAGAAAAACCAUCUGUACCUAAGAAAACGAAAUAUAAACCUGGAAAGAGGAAAACAAACAAACCAGUUGCAAAGAAAAGCGUUGUUGUAGACAAUAACUCUAAUACGAUAAAGAAGAAGGUUCAAGUAGCGGCCGAGGAGACCGCUACCCAGCGUGUUCAAGUGAACGCGGGCUACGAAAAUCCCGAGAUCCCUUGUUUGGGCAGCGGCUGUUCAGGGGUGUUGUUGAAAUGGGUGUUGACAUUUUAUGGAACUGAAAAUUAAGAACAUUUAGUCUAGCAAUUUUUAUUAAUUUAUCAAUUUUAUAAUUCUCAGGAACAGACCAACCACAGCUACAUCUAGGUAUAUAUUAGACCAUCAUUUGGCUUAAUUUUGAAAAAAAAAAGAAAACAGGCUCAAGAGUGGUUUGUGAUAAUAUUACACCUUACUACAACCGUGUAUAGAAUCGAAACCUUUGGCUGAGCCAUAUAUUCGAUUCUAUUUAACAAUUAGAUUAUCAGGUGGAGAUUUCUGUCGCGUGACAGUUGACGAGGGCGCAGC